AUGGGCAAAAGAAAGAGAGAAGCCGAGGCGCAGACUGCGAACACACCAUCUGCUAAGAAACAAGCUACCGAGUCUGGAAUAUCAGCUGCAGAACGAAGGCAACAGCGAUCCGAGCGCAAGUCGAAAAAAGCCCAAGAGUCUAAGCAGAAUGCAGGAACCAAAAAGCUGGCGGAUGAUCCUGGAGUGGUUGGUGCGAAUCAAACAGGUGACGAUAGUUUCGCGGUAGGCGAUGACUUUGUUUCUCUCAACGACACCCCAGCGUCUACAAAGUCAUCCGAACCUAAGCGCAAACCAACAGUGCAAGAGAAUGCCACGACGAGCACAUCUAAAUCCAAGCGGAAGUCUCCACGAUCAGAGCGCAAAGCGGCAAGAGAAGCAAAAGCACAAUCCUCCGUCGUAGGAGAACAUGGCCCUGCUGCUCCAGACCCAGCGAAUGCCAAUGCGACAGAGACAAAGUCGAAAGCUAAGUCAAAAGACGACAGUAAAGAGACCAACACCCCACGAUUCAUCGUCUUUGUCGGAAACCUCCCUUUUACCACGACUACUGCGCAAAUCCAGCAGCACUUUCGAAAGCUUUCACCAGCCUCGAUCCGUCAUAGUACUGACAAAAACUCGGGAAAGUCGCGAGGGUUUGCCUUUCUUGAAUUCGAGGACUAUAGUGCUAUGAAGACAUGUCUCAAAGUCUAUCACCACAGUCUUUUCGAUCCAGUACGGACCGCAAAACUCCCCGAUAGUGCUUUCGAUGAGAACGGUUUGGAGAUAGAGAAACCUGGACAGGACAAAACGAGCAGAGGAAGGAGAAUCAAUGUUGAAUUGACGGCUGGUGGCGGAGGGAAGGGUGGUCAGAGGCAGGACAAGAUUAAGAAGAAGAACGAAAAGUUAUGGGAAGAGAGGGAAAGAAGAAAGAAAGAGGACGUCAAGAAGGAGAAGAAGAAGAGGCUGGAGAAGGGCAAUGAGAGAAGUGAGGCAAAUUCGACAGAGAUUGGUAGCGAAGCUGUACAUCCGAGUCGUAUGAAGAGGGUGAACGCUGCUUGA